AUGGGCAGCGCAGCGCCCCCUGGCGGCCCGCCCUGCGGCGCCGUCCCGACGUGCCCCGCGCUCCGCACACAAAGGACGCGCUGGGAAAUGGCGGCGGCCGCGGCCUCUCAAAGCGCCCCCGGGAAAAUGGAGCCGCCCCCGGCCGCGGCCCCGGCGGCAGCGGCGGCUCCGCCAGCGCCCAACGGGGCGGCCGGCGCGGGGGGGCCGCCCCCCAAGAGCGAAGGCGAGCGCCCGACCCCCAACGAGAAGAAGAAGGAGAAGGGGAUGAAGAGGGGAGGGAACCGCUUCGAGCCCUACGCCAACCCCGCCAAGAGGUACCGAGCCUUCAUCACCAACAUCCCCUUCGACGUCAAGUGGCAGUCGCUGAAGGACCUGGUCAAAGAGAAAGGCCCUCAGGUCACCCUGUGGAUCCUGAUUUGAGCUGCCUGGACAAGGCCCUGUAGAGUCUUGGAAUUCUGCUGGAGCAGCCCAGCUGGAACAUUGGCAUUUUCUGUACUGAUAAACUUUGGGAAGCGAUACAAAGUUUUAAAGGGGAGGAGAAAUAACUGACUGUGGUAAAUAAUUUACACUGAAGCUUUCCUCAGUUUGGAUUUCUGCUUAUUGCAGUAAAUUCUGCUUGGUCUCUCGGAAAAGCUGUGUUUCCAAACUUAAAGUGUGGUGUUUAAAUAAAUCCAUAAAUCAGUCUCCUCUGCGUUAAGUCUCAAAGACACCACGGGGAACGUGUUCCUUAAUUAAAGCUGCAGUGACUUGAAGCCACUUUUUUCCAAGUUUUUUGGAAGUUUCCUCACUUGGGAAGCUCCUGAAGUAACAGUUUUUGUUCUUGGAUGAAAUUUCUCCAGUUGUGGCUGUGGGAUGUUCCCUGACAGAAUCCAGGGAAUCACUGGGCAUUUAUCCUGGUCUAGCACAUGAGUAUCUCUGCUCCUCAUAUUUUCCAUGACAUCCUGUGGUUUGGGAUCUAGAAGAAAACCCAAAAACUCCAAAUAAGAUGUGACCGAGCCUAGCUUCUUAAAAAAGGUUUUGUUUGCCGGCUGCAGACGGCGUUCUCCUGGCAGAGGGCUUGGGUUGGCUCCUCUCACACAUUUUAGGGUGAAAUUAAUGCAUUUUCAUGGCCAGGGUUCUGGGCUUUGUCCAGGCUCAGAGCUGUUGCACUGUGUCAUUCCCCGACUCCUGCUGUUCAGAAAUUGGGCUCUUCAGGAACUUCAGGUGUCCUUUACAGGGAGGCAGCUUCUUCAGGCUGGAUAUUUGGAUUUUCAUGUGUCUCUAAGGCUCCAACGGGGAGCAAAAUUGAGCUGAGCCAAAACCGGCACAGGCUCUCGAUCCAAGAGAUUCCUGGAGAUUUGUGCUUCAGAGUCAGGGGUUGGUUACAAGAGCAGCUGUUCAGCUGUAUUGGAGAUCCCCAGGCUUGGCAAGCUCCUUUGGGAGUUGUUAGUGUGGGUCUGCAGGAGGAGCUGGAGGUGAGGAGGAGAGCAGAGCCCUCGCUGCGGGGACACUCAGGGAGUGCCGGCCCUGGGAGCUGUGGCUCCGAGAGCGUUUGGAGUGGAGCUCGCUGGGAAGAACUG